AUGGCCCAUGUUUGGGCCCGAUUGGAUUUGUACAAAGUCUGCGAGAGCGAGGACGAUAACGAUAUCUUCGCAUUGUAUCAUGGGUGGAAUUUCAGUUUAGUGAUUGGUAGUGUGCGAAAAGGAUCUUUGGCAAUGUGGAUGUCAACGUCUUGGGGUUCAGAAACCCGAUCGGCGAACAGAGGAGGCAAAUGUGAGAGGUUUCAUCUCUCACAGUCAACUUCGGAUUGCUUCGUCUGUAUUGCACCUCCUGGAAGAUGUCUCAGUGAUGUGGUCUCACAACUCUGGGACACGUCUCAGUGUUGUGAGAAUGGGGGUGCAUUGGCACCAUGUGCAUCCCGCGAGGCAUUCGCCGCUCGAAGCUCUCAUGAUAUUGGAAUCGAAUAUAAUGCAGUCUCCGCAUGCUCACGCUGGUGGACAUGGUGA